AUGGUUACAACUUCUCCUCCUCCUCCUCCUCCUCCUCCUCCUCCUCCUCCUCCAAAGGAAGUUGUUUCAGACGACAAAUGGAAGGAGGAUCUGGACGCCACUCGCCGAGCCAAAUGGUGGUACUCUACCUUUCACACCGUCACUGCCAUGAUAGGUGCCGGUGUUCUCAGUCUGCCUUAUGCCAUGGCCUACUUAGGAUGGGGUCCGGGGACAAUGGUGUUGGCAAUAUCAUGGUGCAUGACCUUGAACACAAUGUGGCAGAUGAUACAACUCCAUGAAUGUGUCCCAGGGACUCGGUUCGACAGAUAUAUAGACCUGGGUCGACAUGCCUUUGGACCAAAACUGGGGCCGUGGAUUGUGCUUCCACAGCAGCUAAUUGUGCAGGUUGGGUGUGACAUAGUGUACAUGGUUACCGGGGGAAAGUGUCUAAAGAAGUUUGUGGAGAUGGCCUGUGCCAACUGCACACCCAUCAAGCAAUCAUACUGGAUUGUCAUCUUUGGCUCUCUCCAUUUCUUUCUUUCUCAGCUUCCUAAUUUCAACUCCGUAGCUGGUGUUUCUCUAGCAGCUGCGGUCAUGUCACUAAGUUAUUCAACUAUAGCCUGGGCUGGUUGCUUAAGCAAAGGUCGGGUUGAAAAUGUAAGCUACGCUUACAAGAAAACGAGCCCAGCAGAUUACAUGUUCAGGGUGUUCAAUGCGUUGGGUCAAAUCUCGUUUGCAUUUGCAGGGCAUGCAGUGGCCCUUGAAAUUCAGGCCACAAUUCCAUCAACUCCCGAGAAGCCUUCGAGGAUACCCAUGUGGAAAGGUGCUCUCGGAGCCUAUUUCAUCAAUGCCAUUUGCUAUUUCCCAGUGGCCCUUAUUGGGUACUGGGCUUUUGGUCAAGAUGUUGAUGACAAUGUGCUCAUGGAUCUUAAGAAACCUUCAUGGCUCAUUGCUGCUGCUAACUUAAUGGUCGUCGUCCAUGUCAUUGGCAGCUACCAGGUUUAUGCUAUGCCUGUUUUUGACAUGCUGGAGAGGUUGAUGGUGAAAAAAGUGAACUUCCCACCAGGAAUUGCACUCAGACUAAUCACAAGAUCAGCUUAUGUUGCAUUUACAUUAUUCGUUGGAGUGACCUUCCCUUUCUUUGGGGACCUGCUUGGUUUCUUUGGUGGAUUUGGUUUUGCCCCCACUUCAUAUUUCCUUCCUUCUAUAAUGUGGCUUAUCAUUAAGAAACCAAAGAGAUUCAGCCUCCAAUGGCUCGUCAACUGGGCUAGCAUCUUCAUUGGAGCGUUCAUCAUGUUGGCCUCCACAGUUGGUGGCUUCCGGAAUAUCAUCACUGAUGCAUCUACGUAUCGUUUCUACACAUAA